AUGGAUCGGGCGAGUCAGAGCACGGACAUGCCGAUCAUGCACGACAGCGAUCGGUACGACUUCGUGCGGGAUAUCGGGUCGGGUAACUUCGGCGUAGCUCGAUUGAUGAGAGACAAGCAAACGAGGGAGCUUGUUGCGGUUAAGUAUAUUGAGCGAGGGGAAAAGAUAGAUGAAAAUGUGCAGAGGGAAAUUAUCAACCACAGGUCUUUAAGGCACCCUAAUAUAAUUAAAUUCAAAGAGGUAAUUCUAACACCAACUCAUCUGGCUAUUGUAAUGGAGUAUGCAUCUGGUGGAGAAUUAUUCGAGCGAAUAUGCAAUGCAGGACGGUUUAGCGAGGAUGAGGCUCGUUUCUUUUUUCAACAGCUUAUAUCUGGAGUCAGCUACUGCCAUUCAAUGCAAAUAUGCCAUCGGGACUUGAAGCUGGAGAACACAUUGUUGGAUGGGAGCCCAGCUCCUCGUUUGAAAAUAUGCGAUUUUGGGUAUUCCAAGUCUGCUUUGCUCCAUUCACAACCAAAGUCUACAGUGGGAACUCCUGCUUAUAUUGCUCCUGAGGUGUUGCUUAAGAAAGAAUAUGAUGGCAAGAUUGCGGAUGUGUGGUCUUGUGGUGUGACUCUAUACGUUAUGCUUGUUGGUGCUUAUCCAUUCGAAGAUCCUGCUGAACCUAAGGACUUCCGGAAGACCAUACACAGAAUCUUAAGUGUUCAAUACUCGAUUCCAGACAAUAUUGAUGUAUCAGAAGAAUGCUGGCAUCUUAUUUCGCGGAUCUUUGUAGCAGACCCUGCACAACGCAUCACAAUGAACGAAAUUCGGAACCACGUGUGGUUCCUUAAGAACCUCCCAGCAGACCUAAUGGAGGAGAGCUCGAGCUGUACGAACAGUCAGUUUGAGGAGCCUGAGCAGCCGAUGCAGAGCCUUGAGGCGAUCAUGCAGAUAAUCUCGGAGGCCACUAUACCUCCAGUUGGCAUCUCUAACAUGGACAUGAUGGAUGAUGACAUGGACAUGGAGGAUUUCGACUCUGACCCUGAUGACCUCGAUCUCGACAGCAGUGAUCUUAUGUUAUUUAUAAUCGGCUUGUUCGAGCCUGGGGUCGACUCUAGGCGGCUUAAGUCGGAUUUGAACCGUGCUACUUUUCGGGAGGCUUGGAAAAACGGAAAGAAGAGAAGCUCGAAGGCUGCCCCCAAAGCAGUUCCUUGA